AUGAGCUCGCUGGACUCUGAGCAUGUUCAGACCUUUGACUGUUCCCAGGGGGGCCUGAGUGGGGUCAGGAAACAGUCUCAGCUCAAGUCCGAGCUGGCUGUCGGAAAUCAGAGGAUGCCCCUCAAGGCCAAGGAGGAGGGGAGACAGUGGCCCGCGCUGCAGAAACAGCCGGGUGCCUGGAAGCUGCUGAUCCUCCUGGGCCUGCUGGGUGGCUCAGCAGCCGCGCCCUCGGACCUGCAGUGGCCUGAGCCCGUGUUCGGGCGCCUGGCGUCCCCUGGCUUCCCAGGGACGUAUGACAACAACCAGGAGCAGCACUGGACCCUGACUGCACCCCCCGGCUACCGCCUUCGCCUCUACUUCACCCACUUUGACCUGGAGCUCUCCCACCUCUGCGAGUACGACUUCGUCAAGCUGAGCUCGGGAACCAAGGUGCUGGCCACACUGUGCGGCCAUGAGAGCACAGACACAGAGCGGGCGCCCGGCAAUGACACCUUCUACUCGCUGGGCUCCAGACUGGAUGUCACCUUCCGCUCCGACUACUCCAAUGAGAAGCCGUUCACAGGCUUUGAGGCCUUCUACGCAGCAGAGGACAUCGAUGAGUGCCAAGGAGAGGCACCUGCCUGCGACCACCACUGCCACAACCACCUGGGUGGCUUCUACUGCUCCUGCCGAGCGGGCUAUGUCCUCCACCACAACAAGCGCACCUGUUCGGCCCUGUGCUCGGGCCAGGUCUUCACUCAGCGGUCUGGGGAGCUCAGCAGCCCCGAAUACCCACAGCCGUACCCCAAACUCUCCAGUUGCACUUACAGCAUCCACCUGGAGGAGGGGUUCAGUGUCAUCCUGGACUUCAUGGAGUCCUUUGACGUGGAAACGCACCCCGAAACCCCGUGUCCCUAUGACAUCCUCAAGAUUCAAACAGACAGAGAGGAAUAUGGGCCAUUUUGUGGGAAGACUUUGCCCCACAGAAUUGAAACGAAGAGCAACACCGUGACCAUCACCUUUGUUACCGAUGAGUCAGGGGACCACACAGGCUGGAAGAUCCACUACACAAGCACAGCGCAGCCUUGCCCUUAUCCGAUGGCACCACCUAACGGCCACAUUUCACCUGUGCAAGCCAAAUACAUCCUGAAGGACAGCUUCUCCGUCUUUUGUGAGACUGGCUACGAGCUUCUGCAAGAUAAUUUGCCCCUGAAAUCAUUUGCUGCAGUCUGUCAGAAAGAUGGAUCUUGGGACCAACCGACGCCAGAGUGCAGCAUUGUUGACUGUGGCCCUCCUGAUGAUCUACCCAAUGGCCAAGUGGAAUAUAUCACAGGUCCUGAAGCGACCACGUACAAAGCAGUGAUUCAGUACAGCUGUAAAGAGACUUUCUACACAAUGAAAACGAAUGAUGGUAAAUAUGUGUGUGAGGCUGAUGGAUUCUGGACGAGCUCCAAAGGAGAAAAAUCACUCCCAGUCUGUGAGCCUGUUUGUGGACUAUCAACCCGUACUACAGGAGGUCGUAUAUAUGGAGGGCAAAAUGCAAAGCUUGGUGAUUUCCCUUGGCAAGUCCUGUUAUUAGGUGAAACUACAGCAGCAGGUGCCCUUUUAUAUGACAACUGGAUCUUGACGGCUGCUCAUGCCGUAUAUAGGCAAAAAGAAGAUGCCUCUUCCUUGGACAUUCGAAUGGGUACCCUGAAGAGACUAUCACCUCAUUACACACAAGCCUGGGCCGAGGCUGUUUUUAUACAUGAAGCUUACACUCAUGAUGCUGGUUUCGACAAUGACAUAGCACUGAUUAAGUUGAAGAACAAAGUUGUAAUCAAUAGCAACAUCAUACCUAUUUGCCUGCCAGGAAAAGAAGCUGAAUCCUUUAUGAGGACAAAUGACAUUGGAACAGUAUCUGGAUGGGGAUUAACCCAAAGGGGUUUUCUUGCUAGAAGUCUAAUGUUUGUUGACGUACCAAUUGUUGACCGUCAAAAAUGUACUGCUGCAUAUGAAAAGAAGCCCUAUCAAGGGGGAAGGGUAACUAAUAACAUGCUUUGUGCAGGCUUAGAAAGUGGGGGCAAAGAUAGUUGUAGAGGUGACAGUGGGGGGGCAUUAGUGUUUCUAGAUAACGAGACACAGAGGUGGUUUGUGGGAGGAAUAGUGUCCUGGGGUUCCAUUAAUUGUGGGGAAGCAGAUCAGUAUGGAGUAUACACAAAAGUCAUUAACUAUAUUCCCUGGAUCAAGAACAUAAUUAAUAAUUUUAAUCUGCAUGUCCUCAAUCAGUAA